AUGACAAUGCCCUUUUUUUCUAAGUGGUUUCCCUUUAAGUCGUCCUCAUCGCCGCAAUCAUACGAGCGUGAGCUGGCACAGAUUGCGCAAAAAAUUAACCAGAACCAGCAACGGGUAUACACCUACAACAUCCGACAACGCAAGAUUGCCGGACUGUUCACUCUCUACUCGAUUUUGGUGUAUCUUGCUUACCUGGUACUCAUUGUAUUUACAUAUUCUACUCAAGGAGCACGGGCUGUGUCCCUGCCUCAGGCUGGAACAGCGGUUGCUACACCUUUUUUCAUUUACCUAGUGCGUAGGCUCAUCACUUGGUACUUUUCACGCGCAAGUGCUGGAGUGGCUGAGCGCAUUAAAGCAUUACAGACCGAACAGAAGGAAAAGAUUGAAGAACUUAAACAAUCGACCAAUUUUUACUCCACGAAAGCACUUUUGGAAAGAUUUGAUUCUACAUUUGAUGCCAAGCAGCAACAGCAAUUACAGCAGCAGCAACUGCAGCAGCAACAGCAACAGCAACAACAACAACAGCAGCAUAAAAGACCUGGUCCUAGAAGCCGAGUUGCUUCUUCUUCAUCAGGCAUAAAAAAGGCAAUUCCCCCUGGAGCUGUUCCGACUGGCGAAUUGUCAUCUUCAGCAGCAACACCAUCUGAUGGCAACAAACGCAAUUCGUUUGCGGUGCAGAAUUUUGAGUUUUCGCCUAACCUGCCAUUACUUAAGCAAACCUCGGGACAACCGGGCCCAGACUCGGUCCCGACCCAGCCGCAAACCCUUGGUGCAGUGUACAACAUUGCAUAUCAGCCUAAAUGGUACGAUCGGAUUUUGGAUGUGAUUGUUGGUGAAGACGAGUAUAGCCCCAAGUCACGGUACGCGCUCAUUUGCAAGAAUUGUCACAAUCACAACGGGCUUGCGCAACCUGGUGAGCUUCCACAAUACGUCGUUUACAUUUGCCCACAUUGCGGUGCACGCAACGGACAGGAAAAGAAAAAGCGCAGUGUAUCGGCAAAGAUUGCGGAGCAAAAUUUCGAGGAUCACCAAAAAGAGUCAACUACGCAAGUAGGUGGUGGGACUCCAGCUGAAAAUGUGUCCUCGCUCAAGUUUGAUACAAGCGGGUUUGAAGAGCAUGAUGUAAAUGAUGACAGCUUAUCUGAUGGCUACGGAGAAGAAAAUAAAGCAGUUAAUGGGGAGGAUGGCGGGAUGACGGAGAAAAGUGUGCCAUCGACGCCGCGACAUUCUAAACACAAGAAGCGAUUGAGCACUAGUGUGGCGGCCUCACUCAAACUGGAGGAUGCGGCCGAAGCUGCUGAGAAGGCCACAAGUUCAUCUUCUGAGUCUCAACCCCGUCGUCGCAAAUAA